AUGCAAAGAGCGGCACAGAUCCGAUCAUUGCUUAAGCGAGAGCAACUUACCAACGCAGGAGUUAGUUGCCCUGCCCGUGGCCUGGCAGAGUGUCUGCUUGGGAGAAACUCAAGCAGUUUUUCCCGGCAAACUGCCGUUAUUGUCGGAGCAUCUAUGCGUUCGUUUUCUACAGAAGAUGGCUUUUGUCGGGACGGGCAGCUCUCCCUGAACAACAUUAGAGACCUGCCAGGCGCUCGAAAGCCGAAGAAACGUGUCGGUCGUGGUCGAGGCUCUGACUCCGGAAAGACCUGUGGCCGGGGGCACAAGGGGCAGCAUGCACGUUCUGGAUCUUCUCUUCCCAGCAGGUUCUUUGAAGGCGGUCAGACGCCGCUAGUGCGCCGGAUACCAAAGCGUGGCGGGUUUCCGCUAGUUGCACAAAGGGACCCGCUUCCUCUCAACUUAAGCCUCAUCCAAAGUCUACUUGAUAAGGGUCGCCUCCGCGUGAGCAAAGACGGUACUAUUACCAUGAAGUCGCUUUACGAUUCGGGUGGAAUCCUUCGAUGCAGCAGAGCGAGGUUUAAGCUGUUCAACUAUGGAGUCAAGCUGCUAGGUGGCGGUGCUAGGCAGUUCAGUGCACCUCUUCAUUUCGAAGUUACGGACGUGAGUUCUUCUGCUCUCAGAAGGAUACAUGAAUGCGGUGGCAGUGUAACACUGGUGUACUACAAUAGACUUGGACUACGGGCACUACUGAAACCCGAAAAAUUUGACCACUGGACUGUCUUCCGCAGCGAUUUGACGCAUUUUCAAGGAGCAAACAUCGAUCCAAACACAAAUCAGGCGAUUGUUGUCUACGAGUAUGACGAUGUGCUCGAAAAUGAUGCAUUAUGGCCUCGUGGCGAACCGCUGCCGAUUGAAGAGCAGUUCUCGCUUGAUUUUGGAGCAACUUCGACCGAUGAGAGCAAAACAGACCGGUUCACGCUGCCUUCCGACGAGCGUUUUUUUCGUAUUUUAAGAAAGCUUUUCCAUGAUGAUGAGAAGCUCAUGUCGGAAUUUCUCGCCAACACGCCGAUGGAUUUGGGCUCGAUUCCAUCGCAAUCUACCCGACCGGUCAUCGUGAAACGGCGAGUUCGCCUGCUUCCGAAUCAUGCGCGACCUCCUCCGAGGCUUCUUCUGCGCUAUCCAGAAUUCGAUGCUUAUGGCAGAUCAGUGAAUUUCUUGAAGCCGCGAGUGCCACUCGAGCAUCAGGGAGCUCAAUGA